GUUUCCCCGAGAAAAAUGCUGAAAAUCGUUGUAACUUUGGCUUUAGUUCUGGCCACAGUCAGUGCCACCACUGUCCAGCAAUGCAAAAACAAGCCGUUUCCACUGAGUGUAAAUGUUCAGGAUUGCGAAAUACCACCUUGUGUUGUAUAUAAAGGAUUAUAUGCCGUGAUGGAGGUGCACUUCCUGGGCAAUAAAAAUAAUAUCAAGAGCAUCACGGCCAGUACAACGGCUAAAGUAUUGGGCAUGAAUCUGCCUUAUGCACUGCCCGAAGAGGUUUCCAAUGUGUGCAUAAAUCUUUUGUACGGCGCCAUCUGUCCCAUCGAUAAGGACGAGGAUGUCGUCUAUAAGUUCAACUUCUACGUGGAUCCUUCGUUCCCGGAAAUCACGGCGGAUGUCACUGUCACACUGAACGAUGCCCAGAACGAACCGAUCGCCUGUUUUGUGGCGAGCUGCAAGAUCCGGAAGGGACCCACUGCAGUGCGGGACGAAUAUCUAUUGGACUGGACGAACCCCAAUUCCCAAUAAUCCGACGAUGUACUCAACUCCACCGAUUUGGUCCGACUGAAUGUUCCCACUUAUUUGCAAAUCAAUAAACUCAAAACUCUUGCAACGAUAAA